AUGGCGAAUCACGACAACUACGUCGCAAGGGCGAAGAAGGAGGGCAUCAAGCCAACGCAGUGCGACGAGCAUAGCUUCUUUGGCCACGACGCCGAGAUGGGCGCCGCAGACGCCCACCUAUUCAACGCCACAGUGCACAACGUCUCGUGGGACGGCGUCGAGGUCACCGUCAAGGACAGGGAGACGAAGCAGCCAAAGAAGAUUGUUGACCACGUCGACGGCCUUGUCGAAGCGGGCGAGAUCUGCGCCCUCAUGGGCCCCUCGGGCUGCGGCAAGACGACCCUCCUCAACGUGCUCGCCGGCCGCCCGACCAACGCCUCCUCGGUCGGCGGCUCCGUCCUCGUCAACGGCGUGAAGCCCUCGCGCUCCGACUUCCGGCGCAUCAGCUGCUUCGUCGAGCAGGAGGACGCCCUCAUCGGGUCCCUGACCGUCCGCGAGACGCUGCUCUUCACCUCGCGCCUCGCGUCCUCCUCGCUGGCCGCCAAGGAGCGCAUCGCGCGCGUCGACGGCCUGCUGAGCGCCUUCGGCCUCGAGGACCAGGCCGACACCAUCAUCGGCACGCCCAUCCGCAAGGGCAUCUCGGGCGGGCAGAAGCGGCGCGUCGGCGUCGCCAGCCAGCUCAUCACGAGCCCCAAGAUCAUGUUCCUGGACGAGCCGACGAGCGGGCUCGACUCAGCGGCCAGCUUCGAGGUGAUUAGCUACCUCAAGACGGUGGCCAAGCGGAGCAAUCUCAUCGUCAUCGCCUCCAUCCACCAACCCUCGACGUCAACCUUUAACCUCUUUGACAAGCUGCUCCUCCUCUCCGCAGGGAAGACGCACUACUUUGGCGCCGUCGACGCCGUGGUUCCCUACUACGAGGCCCUGGGCAUGCCGAUCCCGCUGCAGGUGAACCCGGCCGAGCACGUCCUCGAGGUGGUCAACACCGACUUCGUCCGCGACAAGCGCGAGGCCGCGGCGCGUCUCGAGGCCAUGCACGCGGCGUGGAACGGCUCACAGCCGGCCCGGGAUUUGCGCGCCGCCAUCGUCGGCGCCGAGCAGCACAGCGACGCCGUCGUGGUCGGCGAGGCCGAGGCGAAGCCCGGCCUGGCGAGCCUGGUGGGCACGCUUCUGCACCGCAGCUUCGUCAAGAGCUACCGCGACGUCGUGGCGUACGGCAUCCGGUUCGCCAUGUACACGGGGCUCGCCAUCAUGAUGGGCACGGUGUGGGUGCGCCUGUCGACGGACCAGGCGUCCAUCAUCCCGCUAACCAACGCCAUCUUCUUUGGCGGCGCCUUCAUGUCCUUCAUGGCCGUCGCCUACGUCCCGGCGUUCCUCGAGGACCGCAGCCAGUACGUCAAGGAGCACCACAACGGCCUCUACGGCGCCACGGCGCUGCUCGUCUCCAACUUUCUCAUCGGCCUGCCGUACCUCUUCCUCAUCGCCCUCAUCUUCUCCGUCAUCUCGUACUGGCUGUCCAACUUUCGCCCCGCCGCCGAGGCCUUCUUCGUCUGGGUCCUCUGGCUGUUCCUCGACCUCCUCGCCGCCGAGAGCCUCGUCGUCCUCUUCACCUCGCUGUUCCCGAGCUUCGUCGUGAGCCUGGCGCUCGUCGCCUUCGCCAACGGCCUGUGGAUGAGCGUCAACGGCUUCAUGGUCUCACCGACCAUCCUCAACGCCUUUUACAAGUACGUCUUCCACUACUGGGACUACCAGAAGUACGUCUUCGAGGGCAUGAUGCAGAACGAGUUCGCCGAGAGGACGUACACCUGUGGCGGCGGGUGUCAGUGCAUGUACCAGACGCCGCUGGCGGCGGAGUGCAAGAUUGCGGGGCAGGGCGUGCUGGACACGUACGGCUACACCGAGGACCACUUUGGGAGGAACGUGGGCAUCAUGUUCGCGAUCAUUGCCGGGUACAGGAUCGCGGCGUGGGUCGUGUUGAAGCUCAAGAAGAACUAA